AAUGUUUUUGCUUCAUUUCUUAUUUUGAAACAACAAAAGUUCCAUCUUGUACAAUUUCCUUUCCUAUGUAAACUGAAUGCGAGUCUCAUCUUUAGGAGUUGUGGUUCGCCUUAGCAAUUAUGGUUCCCAACAACUUCUUCAACGGUAAACUACAAAAUAUCAAAGUUCCAUUAUUAGUCCCAACCAGUAUUUAUUUUAUCACAAGCUCCACCCCACCAUUAGCACACUCCAAAGGUUACCUAAACUCACAUUCUCACAGACUACACACACAAUGGAAGGCCAUAGAAAGACACUAUUGUGCUUCCCCAUUUUGUGCAUCCUUGUGCUUCAGCUGGCCAAGACCAAUGCAAAGGUUCCUGCGAUCAUCGUCUUUGGCGACUCCACCGUCGAUGCCGGGAACAACAACUUCAUUCAGACAGUUGCCCGGAGCAAUUUCCAGCCAUAUGGGCGUGACUUUGAAGGUGGGAAAGCAACUGGGAGGUUCUGCAAUGGGAGAAUACCCACUGACUUCAUAGCAGAGGAUUUUGGCAUAAAAAAAAAUGUGCCUGCAUACUUGGAUCCAAGGUACAACAUUUCAGAGUUUGCCACUGGGGUCACUUUUGCUUCUGCUGCAACUGGUUAUGAUAAUGCAACUUCAGAUGUGCUGUCUGUGAUACCAUUAUGGAAGCAGCUAGAGUACUACAAGGGAUACCAAAAGAGGUUGAGUGCAUAUCUUGGUGAAAACAAGACAAAAGAGAUCAUAGCAGAAUCACUAUACCUCAUGAGUUUAGGAACAAAUGAUUUCCUAGAGAAUUACUAUGCCAUGCCUGGGAGAGCAUCUCACUACACACCUCAGCAGUACCAAACUUUUCUUGCAGGCAUAGCUGAGAACUUCAUAAGGAGCCUCUAUGAUCUUGGUGCUAGAAAAAUAUCCCUUGGAGGAUUGCCUCCUAUGGGGUGCUUACCACUGGAGAGAACCACAAAUUUUGUAGGUGGGAAUGAAUGUGUUCCAAGAUAUAAUACCAUAGCUUUGGAGUUCAAUGACAAGCUUCACAACUUGACCACUAAGCUCAACCAGGAGCUUCCUGGAAUCAAUUUGGUGUUUUCUAAUCCGUAUUACAUUAUGAUGCAGAUCAUAAGAAAACCUGACCUAUAUGGGUUUGAGUCUACUUCAUUGGCAUGUUGUGCUACUGGAAUGUUCGAGAUGGGUUAUGCAUGCAGCAGGGGAAGCAUGUUCAGUUGUACAGAUGCUUCCAAAUUUGUGUUUUGGGACUCUUUCCAUCCAACAGAGAAAACAAAUGGCAUUGUCGCCAAAUACGUGAUGCAGCACGUUUUAUCUCAUUUUGCAGAAUGAAGAACUGCUUGUGGAGUUUUAAUUGUGUAAUGUAACUUCACCACUACACUAAUCGUCAUGAAAUGCCAUUCAGGCAUUCUAUGAAUGAUUACAUGUUGAUGUGUGUGCAUAUAUAUAAAUGUCUACACAGCACAGUCACCAUAAGUGCUGAUACUUAAAAAUAAAUUGUUUAGGUUUUAGUAAUAUAUAUUAUAUAGUAUCAAGAUUGUACUUUUUAGGCAGUUUACUUAGAGUAAGGUUCUCCUCUGUGUGUAUUUCUUUCCAUAGAAAUGCUCUAUUAUAUAGUAUCAAGAUUGAACUUUUUAGGCAGUUUACUUAAA